AUGAAAAGCUUUUCAGGAGCAGCUAAAUUCUACAGCUGUGGUCUUUGUUUUUCUAGUACUUUGCAAGAACAGAAGGGGGAAUUACGAAAACGUCUAUCAUACACUACCCAUAAACUGGAAAUGCUUGAAACGGAAUUUGAUUCUACACGUCAGUAUCUUGAAAUAGAAUUGAGACGUGCUCAGGAGGAACUUGAGAAAGUAACUGAAAAACUGAGAAGGAUACAAAACAAUUACCUAGCCUUACAAAGAAUUAAUCAGGAUCUGGAAGAUAAACUUUACAGAAUGGGUCAACAUUAUGAAGAGGAAAAGCGGGCUUUGAGCCAUGAAAUAAUUGCACUUAAUAAUCACUUAAUAGAGGCCAAGGUGACAAUAGAUAAGUUGUCAGAAGACAAUGAGCUCUAUAGGAAGGACUGCAAUUUAGCUGCUCAAUUGCUCCAGUGCAGCAAGAAUUACGACAGGGCACAUAAACUUUCUGAGUUGCCAUCUGACUUUCAGGAAAGAGUCAGCAUCCAUCUGGAAAAACAUGGGUGCAGCCUUUCUGUCCCCCUGUGCCACACAUCUUAUGCUGAUACCAUACCCACUUGUGUCAUUGCCAAAGUACUGGAGAAACCAGAUCCAAACAGCUUGUCUUCACACUUGUCAAGCCCCUCCACAAGGGAUCUCAAUUUUCAGGACUCUGCUGGAAAACUCGGACAGAGGCCUCAGUACAAGUCAGACAUCUACUGCAGUGACACCGCCCUGUACUGCCCCGAGGAGAGGAGGAGGGAGAGGAGACCAAGUGUGGACACGCAGGUGAAAGACGUGGGGUUCCUGAGGUCCCAGAACUCCACAGACAGUACUGUUGAAGAAGAUGGUUUCCAUUCCAGCUUCUCUCACGAAGCCUUCCCAGAAUACAUUACCUCUUUGCCGACCUCCAGCUCCUAUUCCAGCUUCAGCGUCACAUCUGAAGAGAAGGAGAAUGCCCAAGCCAACACUAUGACAGCCUCCCAACAAGCGAUCUACAUGAGCAACCGAGAUGAAUUGUUUGAAAGAAAGUCACCCGCAGGUUAUGAGCAUCAGGGAAGCCCAAGGUUUGCCAAGUCAAAACCUGCACAGCACAUGGAGCUUGCUGAUGACAAUGAGAACUCCCCCACUUUUACUAGGACACUGCCUCCUUAUGCAAAUGAACCUUUUCAUUUCUCAGCCAUAACACCACAACAGGCUUUAGCAAAUCAGAAAAUGAGGAAUGAGUGCAGGAGCACCAACCUUUCAGAAGAAGACUUACCUGGGCGAUGGAGGCAGUUGAGUGUGGAGGACAUUGGUGCAUACUCUUACAGGAACACUGGCAGGCUAUCACCCUGCAGCUUUUCAGAGCAGUAUUACAGCAGCCCUAUUAAAACAGGAGACAGUCGAACAAGUCCCAUCUAUGCUAGUUACAAAGCAGAUAGCUGCUCAGAGGGAGACGAUAUCUGCCAAAGCAGACUUGUUGAUUCUUGCUUCCUGAGAACAGACAGUGGCCUGAACAUUGACAUUAGCACUAGCUGUAAACAGGACAAGUUGCCCACUUACAAAACAAAAGAAUCAAGAGACCAAAAAAAUGAAAGGAUCACUGUCCAGUUAUGCAGUAGCAAAAACAUUGAAAAUAGCCCGGUGUUGAAAAGAGAAUAUGUGGACGUGAGCCCCAACAGCUCUGCAGAGUCCCUCAAUCACAGUUCGAUAGAGGCUUCAGAAAUCCACCAGUCUUCCAUGGAGCAAGGAAGCCAUUCGGGUAUUCACAGCAAACAGCAGCAGUUUCAACGGACUGGGAGUACUGGUUUGAGUCGGAAGGACAGCCUUACAAAAGCACAGCUGUAUGGAACCCUUCUGAAUUAGGCAUCUUCCAGAACUGCAAUAAGACGACAAGCAAAAGAACGCAAACCGUGUUUGAUACUUCUUGUGAACAUAAGGUUCUCAGAAAUGGAUUAUAAAAUAUAUAUUCAUAAUGGUACUAUAUGUUUGAAAUGAAAUCUCUCCAAAAAUGUUAUACAGCACUUUUCACUUAACAUCCUUUCCACAUGGGAGAUCGUCCCCUCCUCUCUUUUAUAAACCUGAAAUAUUUUUAUAAACAAAGUUGUAUUUAUUAGACUAUCCUAAGCUAUUUGAGCAGAAUUCUUUUCCCUUCAAGCAGGUUUCUUAUUUAUUUUUGUGCAUGAGGCCAUCUGUGCCUAAACUCCUGGAGGAAAAGGGUAAAAUCAUGAUGGCAGUGAAAAAAAAAUCCACCUGAUAAAAUACCAUAAACUUCAUGUGAAAAACAAAACUAAAAAGAAUGGUGAAAUUGAAAAAGUAUAUUUUUAAAAAAGAAUGGAAUUGUAUCUUAAAUUAUUUCAUACAAAUGUAUUUAUGAGUGACUAAUGUAUGCACAAGGUGAUACCAAUAUUUUGUUCUUUUAAUCCACUGUGUUUCUGCUUUCCUAUUUUUCCUUGUAUACUACCUCAAAAGUAAUUGAGGGUUUCUUUGUCACAUUUUCUGUAGGCUUGCAUUUAUAUUGUCUAAAAUGCAUGCAGUGUCAUAAUUAAUACUGUAUUUUGCAUUACUUAAUAAAAGACACCAGUGGAGAUAUUUGGUUGGGUCCUUUAUCCUUCAUUAAAACAUAUCCGAGACAACAGAAUACGGGUGUGCUCUGGAUAGUAUCAGUCCAGGAAACGUUGAUGAAAAAAGCUCAUAUUUACAUUGCUUUCCAAAGGAGUCUGUCCAAACCACAGAGCAGUGGUUCUCAGCUUUUGGCCCCUGGAAGUGUAAGGACUGCUUCUCAUUGGUCUUGGAAGGUAAACAAGGAAAACAAAUCAGUUGUCAAUAGCUUUAAAUUCACUGGGAAAGACUCUGCGUACUCAAAAAAAAACCCUGAAAACUACAUGAAAACUUGUGACUUAACCUCCUCCUCUAUUACAUAUGUAAUUGGCACAACUCUUCAGAACUUUAGAACCAUUAUUUUCUAUAAUUGUACUUUUUCAUACAUAUUUCAAACACAGAUAUUUUUCUAAGAUUUAAAGAAAGUUUGAUCUUCUGUUGCCUGUAGCAGUUUUACCUUGGCGCUGAGAAGCCAUAGUUUUACCUGUAGUUUUUGUGUUCCCUUCAUAGUUUUCUGUACCUCAUCAUUCCACCACUAGGGAGUGUACAACUUUGGCAAUCACAGAAGGGAGAGAGCAAAAAGAGAAAAUUAAAACAGAAAGAGGGAGGGAAAUCCUGUGGAUUUCCUUCAUGGCUUCAGUGUGAGAGGCAGAAUACAGAAAUAAAUGCUAAAUCAUUCUUAUCAGUAAUAUUCAUUAAACAUGUAUACUGUACUUGAAAUAUUGACUCUGACAGGCACGGGUGCAGGGAAGGAUCUUACUUAGUGCAAUAUGUGAUAGUAAAUCAGUAAAAUCACUGUGGAAAUCUAAAAAUCUAGUACCUAUAAAGCUAAAAUUAUGUUAUCAUUCAUCAUAUAUUUUUAAAAAAUGUUUUCUGCCAAUUCUCUGAAAAUAGUCACUUGAUAAGUUACUAUGAACCAGAACAUUAGAACUGCUCACUUUUACAUAAGUGUCUUAACUCACGAAUAAACAGUUUCAAUUCAUUUGGCAUCAAUAAUUCCCACUGUUUCACAUACUGUUAUUCACAUUCUUCAUGGGUAAUAUAAAAACACGACCACCAUUAACGCAUACAAGUACUUUCUGUGCUAUUUGGAAGAUCAGGCAUUAAGUUCUUACUGUUCCUCAGAGACCUGUGCCACUGCUGAGGAGAACAAUGGUAGCUAAUAAUAUCACACAGGUAAGCCGCAACAGAAGAUUGAAGUCAGGCUUAUUUCUGUAAAAAAGCUAUUAUGUACCUUGUUCUUUUGUGCUCCCACACAGCUUGGGGCAGGUUGUACCGCAAAUAAUGCCACUGAAAUCAAUGAGGAAAAGAAUAUAGAACACUACAGAUGUUCCCAAAGACUAGCUAUUUCUAUGGUGGAAUCUGACCCACACUACAUAGACAUGAAGAUCCAGAAAAUCUGCUACCUCCUCUUCAAAACAUUCUAUGUUGACUCAUUCAGGUUCAUAAAAUUUAGGCAAUCUAAGGCAAGAUAUUCAUUUCUUUGGUCAAUGAAUACCAAGAAUCUGUAUGCAAGAGGUAAAAAUUAACUUUUAUCUCACCUUAAAAAAAAUAAGCUAUGGAAAAAUAAACCCUAAUAUUUAUGAACUGGAACACAAUAUCAGACUGAUCCUUUUUAUAAUAUACUUCAUCAUUUGACAAUAAAGUCCUAUUUUGGUAAUGGUACAAAACAUAGUUUCUUCUAGGUAUUAUAGAACUGAUUAUUUAAUAUCCUGUUAUCUUCUUCUACCGCAGUUUCAAAGUCUGUUUCUAUGCUUCACUUGAUUCUUAUUCUCAGUUUAUGUGGAUUAAUAUGGAGAUUGAAACCAGACUUUUCAGCCAAUCAGUACGGGGUUUUUCUUAUAAAAUAGCCUAUAACCCUUUAACAUUCUUCUGUAAUAAAUUCAGUUACAGAACAGUAUGUAACUCUGCAAUGAAUUUCAAUUGAAGGAAUCAAAAUAGCUAGUUACUCAACUUUAAUGCACUGAUUACUUAAAAAAUUCUUUUAAAUCAGAAAAACUGACCAUAAGUUUGCAUAUUUUCUAAGAACAAAAGAGAAAAAAUUAAAGUCAAAUAAUUUUUUCUCAGAUUUACAGGUAUGACAGUGGUUAAUUUUGUGAGGUUUUUUUUUCUCUACCCAAGAAAUUUUGAAAGAUUAUAUUAAAGGAUUCUCUCUUUAUUUUGGUACAUUCUGCCUUGAUUUUCUGAGACAACUACAGAGACCAGAGAUGGAAGGCGAGGAAGGUACAAAGUGUUUCACAAGCAAUUCCAAUUUCCUGUAUUGAGUGCAUUAAUUUUGUGCCUACUUUCAGCUUUCACAUAGAGAGCAAGUCAUUCAAAAAUCCUGUCAUGGAGUUGAUUACAGGAAUAUACAUUCAGUGAUAUUUAAGACUGGCUACUUGGAUUUCUGUACUCGUUCUCUCCAAAGUUCUUCCUUCACCAUGGUUCCCUGCGGCUUUAGAAUGCCUCUUGUACCACCAGACAAAAUCUUUCGUCCAAGCAUGGAUUUAAAAAUCACUGAAGAUUUUGGAGCCUAAUUCUGGUUAAAAAUAGUAGAGAUAGGAGAGCAAAUCAAUAAUGUCUUGUUCAGAAGGACAUGCGCUUUUGUCCCCAUGGAAUGGACCUGACUGCUGCAGUGUUUCUCAGAGAACUUACAUCCUGUAGGACAUUUAUGAUGAAAAGCAACAUCUAAAACACUGUUCUCAGAACAUCUUACUUCCGUUUCUCAUUCAAGCAGGUGUAGUCUGAUGAACUUGAUACUGCUCUGAUUCUAACUCCAGAAAAACAUGACAACUGACUUUCACUCAAAGAAAAGUGCCUCAGAAUCCCCCAUUCCAGUGGCUGAGAAUUAGCCUCAAAAUAGCUUUUCCAAAGGAUGUAGAAGUCUGAUUUUCUCUCAAGCAUUAUAAAACUGCCGAAGUGCCUCCAUGCUACCAAAACCUCACUUUUACAAGUGAUGACCAAAGUAUUCAAAUUCUAUAUGUAGGGCUUGUAGUUGUCUAGAACAGGAUUUUUGCUUUGAUUGAUUAUUUUAUUUGCCAUGAGUAAGAGCAGAGGAGGUGAGGAAAAUAAGUGGCAACUACUCAACAGUGCAGUGAAGCAGAAGAUGAGAAACGUCAUUUUAAUGAAUGAAAAGUGAUACCAAAGAGUACACGACACAGGACACUGGUCACGGAAACACAAGAGAGGUUGAAAGAUCAGAGAGAGGAAUAGCAAAUCACAUCAUAAAACAGAUAAGAAUAUAAAAGAGGGAAAUAGGGUACAAUUCACUAGGAAAAAUGUUAUAUAAGUGUUAUGAAAUCAAAAGGAGAAAAUGCAUUUUUUAAGAUGUGAGAAUAUUUUUCUCACUCCAAAUUAAGGUUAAAAUAAAUCAAAGUCUCAAUAAAUUUGAAUAACAAAUAUCACUUCCUUUAAACUUUUUAGAAUCUUAUAAAUAGCCGCGUUUUUAAUGUUUAAAUCAUGGCAAACUCCAAAAUAUGUAGUUUUCAAUUCAACAGUUUCUAAAUUCUGCUCCCAAACUAGAAGAUGUAUCACGUUAAUCCUUUCCCCUUCCAGCACUUUUAAUUAAAAAGAAUUUCCACUCCAAAAUCUGUCACAGGACAUGAUUAUACAGCUACUUAGAUAGAUUUCCCCUUCUUUAAUUUUAACGUACUAAUUUACAUCCUUUGGACUUUCCUAUAGAAUUCUUCCCCACUCACAUUUAUAACCUUCUAAAUCUUACAGACUGUUAAGAUAUUUCUUAUUAAGUAUUGCUUAAAUUGUGUAGGUGCACUCCAGUCAUUUUUCUUUGGAAAAGUGGACUCUUUGGAAGAGUCCCUUCAGAACUCUAAUUCAUUUAAAUUAUUCUCAAGAAUUUCACUUCUUUUUGCCUUUCUACUACCAGAGUGUUGAUGAACACUGAGCUGAGCCAAACAUUGGGUUAAAACCCACUGAACAAAGAAAGAAAGAAGAGGAAUAUGCAGAUUGGAGUGACUGGCUCUGUUCUCCUCCCAGAACCGAAAUUCUCAAUAACAAUAGGUAGUCGGACAGAGACAUCAUCACUAAAAUAAAAUUUAUUUUCAUAUGGCCAAACUCCUUCUUCCAUCACUGGCAGGUUUUAGGAAUUGUUUUCAGCAAUACUUAUUUUAAUUCCUGUGUUUUCAGGUUUUAUAUGGUUUCAGUUGCAGGUUUGUCAGAUUCCAGUGUCCCUCUUAAAGUCAAUAGAUAUGAAGUUCCUUAGUACCAAAUUUUAUAUGCCUGCAAAUCCCACAUCACAGUCUUAAAGAUCUAAGUCAAUUUUUAGGAAAGAGCACAUACUUUCGAAUGUGCCCAGGAUCUACCAGUUCUCAACAUAAGCAGUAUCUCCUGGUGACUAUGAGCCAGGCAGGAUGAUCUGCAUAGAUUCAGUCUUGGUGUGUUCCUGUUUACAUGGUGUUAUAUCAGCAUUAUCAGGAGAUACUCAUUGUUGCUUCCAUUUUUCUUCCAUAUCUUUUUAAAAAAGCUUCAUUGUUAUAAAACAACUUUAGCAAUCCAAUCAUUCUCAAUAACAUGUUAUUCGUUCCUCUAUUCUUGUUUUCUUCUUGUAUUUUCCAUGUCUGUAUUGGCAAAGCUGUUCUUAGUUACAGUGGUUUUGUCCAGCUGAAGCUAAAAAUAAUAACUAAAAUUUUCAUGCAAUUUAAGAUUUGCUGCUUGUGCAGUGGCUGUGCUUCGAUGAGGUUCAGUCUUGCCCUUCUCAUUUGCUGACUAUGUUUUCACUCUGCAGAAAAAUGUCUUUUUUUUCCCCCUCAUUCUUGAGAAAGUCUCUCUUGCAAUUCUUCUCCACUUGUAUUGAGCAAUUUCAUAACUCUGAUCCCGGGGCUGUUUAUUUUACAAAGACGUAUUUAUCACUUUUCAGUCUAACUUAAUUCCUCUAGGUUUGCAUUCUAAAUCAAUUAAUAAGUGUUUAAGGAGAAACUUAACCACAGGAUUACUUAUUGAAAAAGUUGUAUAUUAUAUGACUUGAGAGGAUGUACCACUAUCUGUAGAUCCAACAUUUGCCAUGAGAAUUUGCCCAAGUAUGAGCCAUACCCUAUAAUACUUCACAACAGUAGUUAAGUGUAUAUAUAUGCUGUCCCCAGUGAAUAGCUGUUAAUAAUUUUCAUGCCAGACUGUGGAGCUGGAAAUACACAGAUGUUGAACUUUAACUGUACCAGCAGAUAAAUUUAUUGUCCAUCAUGUCGUAAUUGCCUCAAAACAGUUUAAAUUGCAUUUCUCUAUAGUAAAGAAAUUGUAACAAACAGAUCUUCAGUUUAGGCUUUAAAGUGAAAACAGACUUAUUAAGAUUUUAUCUUACCAAGAUAAGAGAUGAAAUUAAAUUCCAGCUUGUCAUACAGGUCAGAGGUCCGAUGAUAUCCAGGAACAACGUGACCAUCUGCUGUAGAAUUGGGCAGUAGGUUCAGAUGGUGGUCAACCACCAGUUGUCUCUGGACAGCUUUUUACUGUGCCAGCUUGGGCACCAGCUUGGUAUUUAAGGCACCACCGUGAAGUGUCUAACUUCGUACUGUCCUACGGGUUUUGGAAAAGCUGCUGUUUGGAGUACCCUGAGAUUUCUCUUCUAUGGGUUUCUGCAUCACCAAUUUUGUGGAGAAAUGCAGUCUGCUUUUUGUCAGAUAGGAGCUUUUCAAGGUUGCCUAUGGACCCGUAUCCUACCCCUGUGGGAAGUGACACAGUCCCUCCAGCCUCCAGGACAGAUCAUUCCUGCAGACAAUUAUUACAUCCCAGAAAAGGGAGAAUGUCUUUAUCUGAAAAGGGCAAAACUGCAUUGACACAAAAUGCAAUCACUGGAAAAGAUCCCUGAUGGGAGUUAAAUACCUUCUCAGCAGCAUGCCCAGCACAGACAUAUAUACACUAAGACUCUAACUAUGAUUCUUCAGAGAAAUUCUUAUUUUUGAAGUCAGCUCUAAUGAAUUCGUAUUUAAAUUUAUCCACCCAUCUAGACUUUUUCUUUGUAAUUUAUGAAUCAGAGCAGACACACACAUAAGCUGCAGAGCCACAGCAAUAUUUACUAUACAAAGCUGAGCAAUGACAGCUCUAUGAUUUAGAAGUGAAACAGCAGCAAGUCCCAGAUUAAUUAAAUUUGCAAUAUCAAAUCCAGUCAGCAUCCUUUCCCAUUCCAGUUCUGUACAUGUGACAUCCUAAACCAGAUUAGGAGGAAUAAAAGUAUUUUCAGCACGUAUGGGUUAUGAAUUUCAGUGGGCUUCAACUGAAGCCCUCACUUAAAUUAAUUCCUACAGUAGAAAGCUUCUCAGUCUGGACACCAGCUGUGUAGCUGGCACCAUGAGGAAGCCACGCACUGAACAACCAGACAGCAAGUGGCACCUCACUCUGAGAACCUUACCGUGCCACUGACUUGGUGAGAUGGGAACAACAGCAAGUAGGAGGGAGCUAUUUAAUUUUAGAUGACUAUAAGGUCUUGGUAGAAUUUCUGGUAUUUAUGUUAUAAGUUGGGAAAUAACAAAUGCAAGUUUAAUUUCUCCAUCCCAUACUCAGCACAAGAAUUGAAUCACAGCUUUCUGAUUCAAUCCCACUUACCUGUGCUUUCAGAGUCCACAAUAGUCUGAAGGUGAGGAAGAUGAGACCUAGAACUGGAAGAAGUUAAAGGCAGAACUGAAUCUGAACAUCAAAAAAUGCAGUCAGACUUACCAUUCACAACAUUUAAUUUGUUGCCAUGGUCCUUAGGGUACAUCAUGAAAAAAUCCCAGAGAAAAAAAUCACAGACUAUUUUCUUUCAUCUUCAUUUUUGCUUUUUACCCCUCUCCCUUUAAAGAAAAGAUUGUGUCAUGUAGUGAUAUGGGAGUUUUUUGCUAGAACUGUCAUGACUGUCUACAACAACCUGACUUGUGUUGAUGCAGAAAAACAACCCAGAGACUAAAUUGGUUCAGCAGAAGUACAUUUGUUACUCAAAGAGAAAAUAUCUGAAUGAAAGAAGUGUUAGUAAACAUCUCAUUACUGAGACCUCAGAGCCCAAGAAGCCAAGAUGGGGAAACACAACAAAUCCAGUGAAGUCACACUUUGCAAGGAAGCUGAACACAUAUUCUAUUUGAAAUGGAUUUAGACAGUCUUUUAUUUUUCUUUCAUAACCUAUUGAUGAUGAAGAUGAAAUGCAAUUUUUGGCACUCCAGACGGCACCAAUUAAACCUGAUUUCUUGCUUGAGCUCCUUAUAACUCCACUUGUCUCUCACUUCCAAGCUAAUUCUGUUUUGAGCUUUAAAUUUCUGUUUUGUUCAGAGAAAAAACGUUGCUCCCACUCAAACAACCUAACUUGAAAUUCAUAAAAAUAUACACAUAAUUCUCAAUCCCUGCGAGAAAAGUUAUUGUCCAACAUUUGUGCAUUAUUUAGUUAUUUAUUUAGAAAAAUUAUUAUUUUUAUACCGUAAGCUUAGGAAGGAUUGUCCCUUAUUAUUUCGUUAUAGUACUUGACACAACAGUCUGUUGACUGUAAUUGCAUAGGCUAUGCAUAUUACCUUCGUACCUUCACACUUCACCAAAUGUUUUCUUACAUUUCACUUUUUAUCCUUUUGGAUGUGAAAUCUGAAAUGUCCUAUUCAUAGGCCAGUCCCUGGGCUACAGUACCUUGCCCCAGACCCAUGCAUACCUCACAUAUUGGCUGAAGUUUGGACACUUUGCGAUAUUUCUCCUAAGAUCAAGAGUGAACAUGGCACACUUUCAGCCAGAGCUCUCCAAGCCUGUGGACAUGGCAUUGCCUUUGGACAGCUCUCCAGCAUCUGCAGAAAAUGCGUUGCUGUUGGCCAUCCCUUUCUCUUCCUGGUUGUUUCUCUUACAAAACUCCCAUGCACUGAAACAAUGCAUUAGUGGAGCAAACGUAUCAGCAUAUACUAUUGAACUAGAUGAUCUUAGUGGUCUUUUCCAACCUUAAUGAUUAUAAGAUUCAGAAAUUACUAGAGAGCAGCUGGGUCCCCCCUGGAGUUUCUACAGGUACUGAACUGCACAUAUCAUAUUUCUUAUCACUCUCCAGCUUAUACAUACUUGCUGGUAAGCCAAAGCUGUUUAUCGAUCCACACAAGAGAUCUAUUUGAAAAAAAGUAGCACUCUUGUCACAAACAACCUUGACACAUCUGCAUCUUCUUUCAUUAGUGCCAUCCAAAGGAGAUAAACAUCAAUACUGAUGUACUGCUUUGAAUCUUUUAACACUGAAUAUUGCCUCAUAAAAUCUUUACCAAAAAAAUGGAUUUUCCUGGGAAAAGAAAACCAACAAAAACAGGGAGGCUUCAAGGAGGUAGGGCUUUGCCGUUUUUUGGAGUGGUGCAGCUGUUAGCAAAGCCAGAGACAAGCACUCAUCAUCUGAGAAGGACUUUCCAGAGACACCCCACUUACUGCAGAGCAAUUGCAGAGCACGUCCCUUUCUUCUGCAGAUGGCCAAUUUGUGAGGGUCUUGAGGCAGCCCCAGGAGUGCAGUACUGCAGGCAGACAACAACAGGCAAAGUCUCUUUCCCAGUAGUUCAUCAGAGGCUGGUGGCUGUCCCAUUUUGAUGGCAUUUAUACUGUACAAAUCUAGGAUAAUUCCCUUUAGGCUCUCAGUUGCCAUACAAAUACGGCAGCACUUUUAUAUUCCAUACAGUAAUGCUUGUUGUUUACUUCAGUUUUAAAGUCACUGUAGGCUGUCUGGACAGGUUUUGAUGUUUGUGGCAUUCACACUGCAAGGAGCUGCCCAGCUGUAUAUAUUGCAAAAAAAUGCUCCACUCCUUGAAGAAAAAAUGUUAAAAAAUACAGCAGGAGCAGAAGAGAGAAAAUGGACAUUUAUGGUCAGUGUCUUGGAGCAUACAAUUCCAGCCUAGGAUUGUAUAGUGACAAACAACACAAGAGUGAGAUACAUCCAGAGAACAAGGAAGAAAACAUAGCCAAAUCUGGGGAGCCACAUCCUUGGGCUCUACACUACAGUUAGAUUUACCAUCACCAUUGCUGAGCUUGCUGUCUGUUGUCCAGGCAAUAGAGACCCAAAAGGGGGAGAGAUGAUCAGUUCUGAAUUAUUAGAACUAUUCGGUUCUGAAUUUUCCCACAAGAUCAUAGGGUAGCCCCACAAAAAUUGUUGUGUCUUCUGCUGUAGCCCCACGUUUGCAGAGCAGACAUGGAGGCUGCAGCUACUUGGAAACGUAGAACAAAGAUGAAAAAACACAUAGCAUAACUUGAUUUACCUCUCUACAUUUUUCCUAAUUAACUGUGCUGUCAGAAUUGUGCUUCUCUCUUUCUCUCUUUUGCUGGCUGAGUUAAUCAAUUUUCCUCUGCUUCAGCCAUACAAGUGCAAGGCAAGAGUUACCCAUUGCAUUCAAAUUUUAUCAUUUUGACAUUCAUCAGCAUUCCCUCUCCUCUCUGCGCACUAGUGAAACUUCUGGCAUAGCUUAUUUACAGUACAUUCAAUUCAUGCCUCUAGCCAUCCUAGGGACAUCCCACACACUAAAUAUUAUAAAAGCUUUUGGGGUCAUUUUAAGCCUACUGGUGAUUCACAGACCGCACUAUCUGACUAUGGAGCAUCAUACUUAAUUGCUUUGCACAUCUGAAUCACAUUAGAAUUAUUCAGGAAUUUAGACAAAUUUGAGUACAAACUGCAGAUAAACUACCCAUCUCGAUUCUUGUCAGCAUAACCCUCUAGAAUCUACAGUAACCUGCUCUGAAUUAUAUUUAACAAACAAAUUUCCAUUUGACUGUUGAAAUAUAUUGUUUGCCUAGAAAAACAGCAGAGAUUUUUGCUGGGCUGAUCAUUUAUCUUUGCAUGUACAUCUACAUCCUGAUUAGGAGGAAGAUAUUUUCUACCAUAAAGCUUGCUAUCUUACAUGUAUUAUUCCCGAUUAUGACAAUUCUCAUACGAUUAGAAACUUAAUAAUUCAGAUGAGUUUCAGACCUCUAGCAAGAGCAUUUGAUGUGAAACCUGAGAAAUAGAUCAGCUAUAUUAUAAAACAUAGAGAUAUGUUUUUUGGCCUCACGGAGUCUACUGAUUAUUUUCCUCCUUAUAAUAAGGGUGCCAGGCAAGCUGUUCGCUCUACAUUUUUUAUUUAUUGCACUGAAGAGUUCAAAUCCUAUCCUGAAAAUAUUACUAAAAGACAAAAUUGCAUAGCAGCUUGCUGUCCUUCCUCAAAAAAUACAUUUUGCCUGUUCUCCAGCAUUUGUACCAAAAGGACAGUUUUGGCACAGGCUUGUAUGUGCCAAAGAUCAUCCUCUCAGCCUCUCCAGCAGAGGUGUUGCAAGUAAAUACCUCACAGUGCAUACUCACCUUGGGACCCGGCAUGCUGUAUGACCAGUGGGGAUUACCACUGCCACAAAGACUGAGCUCUGCAAUUGCACAUGAGCAUGUGCCGAAUGUUUAGCCCAGGGAUUUGUACACCCUUUAACACCAUCCACUGCCAAAUCCUCCAAAGCUCUGUAAGAGCAAUUUCCAGAGUACAGCCUGAGAACUCCUGUACAAAUACAAUAGAGAGACAUCUUCCACCAGCCCACUAGAGGCUGUCUCCCCUGUAUUAGUCUUUACCUGUAUGAGAAUGCAAGGGGAUGCCCAGCUCUCAAAAACAUCAGCCUUUCUGGGGAAAAACUCAUUGCUGCUGCUUCUUCCAGCCCUGUCUAGUUCUCCCAUAUCUCUGCAGGGCUCAGCAGAUGGCAAGGAACCAGGGACAGUGCAUUGCUCAGACAGAGCUGAGUCUACUCACAGAGAGCAUCCCUCUGACACACAGCCCUCGAGCUCGAGGGACCUGACAUGAAACCCCACAUCUGGGGCUCUUUUAGGAAAUUGGAGAGUGAAGUGGCAAGUGCAUUUUGCACUUCUCACUCUGAUGUCUUCUCCUCUGAAGUGGUCCUCCACAUACAAAACUUCACAUUACUCUAUGACCAGUGUAAUAAAAAGAGUACAAGAUUUUUACCUUUAGUGUGUUACAAGAAGAAAACCUCAGGCUACCAUGAAUGUCCUAGAUGCAUCUAAAGGUCAAAGAGAUAUUAAAGAUAACAAGCUUUAUCCUCCCUCUGGUUGCACAUGUCAUAACGCUGGAAGAUGCUUGUAAAUGGCUGCCUGAACAAAAAGGCCGUUCUGAAGACUAGUUUCUGGAAAACUCAGCA